AUGUUUCAUGCAAAUGCACCACCCAAUGCAAAUGAAGACCACAGAAAAGUGGCAUCGAAUACGCAUACUGCUGUACACAUGGGUGUUGAAGAUGGACUACGAAUAAGACGCAUUGCCGGUGGAUAUCUGGUGCAACACCCUCCGAUGUUCUCUCCAGAUGGAAAUUUGCUAUUCAUAAUUUAUGAAAAUAACAUACAAGCAUUCAACGUAACCACAGGAGAGCUUGUUCACAACUAUGAGAAUACAGCAAACGGAAGCCUUUUGAUUGGAAUGGCAAUAGAUGGUACAAACAAAUAUGUAUAUGGUUGCACUAUCGACGGUUUGCUCAUUUCGUGGAAAAUAGAUUCUGGAGUACUGUGUGAAAAAUAUGAAGUGCUGAAAAACACUAAACUUAACGUCGAAUCAUUUCACACAAUCUAUGACAACAACGACACGGUAUCAUUCUUAAUAUUUGGUACAUCAUCCAAAAGAUUGUUCCUGCAAUAUUGUCCACAUAAGAAAAAAAUACUGGAAGUUAUAAAUGUGAAAUUGCACACAAAAGCCGAAGAAACCAACAUCCGGCUUGAAGAUUCGCGAAUUGUAGCUGCUCCAGGAGGACGUGGAUUGAACUAUUUCGCCUUCUUAGCGUUCGAUAGAUGGUACUGGUGUCGAUUAAAACCGACAAUUUAUGUGGAUAGUCGCCCACAUUGCAGUGGUGCGGUACCGCAAAUACUAGCUUGUCACCCAGUAGAAGCAAUUGUAGCUGUUGGUGACAGCAUAGGACGAGUCGUGCUGUAUCGAAACUUUCUUGAACAAAAACGUCCAAUUCCUGAAAUGUACCAUUGGCAUUCAACAUCAGUAAAAACUUUGGCGUUUGGAAUCAAUGGAACACACUUCUACUCUGGAGGAGUAGAACGUGUUCUAGUGAAAUGGAAUGUGGGACAGCAGGAAAAAGCCGACGUCAUUCCACGACUCUCCGACACAAUCUUGCACAUAGCAGUGGGACCUGAGAAUCUCAAACUGGUAUUGUGUACCGCCGAUAAUGGAAUUCAAAUAUUAAAUGCAUUUCAUAAACAAACUGCGAUAGUGCAGAGCUUUUCAAGAAUAUCAAAUCAAACAGCGGAGCAUCAACUCUUUCCAGCAGGCUUGCGUGUAAAUCCUAGAACGCAAACAAUUGUUCUAAAUGGUAGGGAGGGGUGCAUUCAAUUUUUUUCUACCUACACAAAAAGUUUGCUUUAUACGCUGGAUAUAGCACAACGUAAUAUCAACACUAUUGAAGAUGCGGCAAUGAUCCAUAAUACGGUUGUGACAAAUAUUGCGGUUAAUGCUUACUGGUUGGCGACUGUCGAGAAUUGGAGUGACAUGGAACAUUCAAUGGAAACUCGUCUGAAGUUCUGGAAGUACGAUGAAUCGCAUCAAACGUAUGUGCUUUGCAUUAAUUUUGAAAACGUCCAUCACGGUGGGGUAAAUGAUUUGAUAUUUUCGAGUAGCACUCGCGAGCGGGAUUUACAAUGCGCUACAGCUGGAAAAGAUCGACGCAUAAAAGUGUGGUCGUUAGAAAGUAUUCUAAGCAGUAAUAGCGCUGCAAAAUGUGUGUGGACGUGUGUAGGCAGUGUACACCAUCGCAACCUGCCUGUAAAAACAAUAUCAUUUUCGCAAGAUGCUUCCCUGUUAGCCGGUGGAUUCGGUAAUGUAUUAUGCGCGUGGAAUGCUGAAACUUUACAGUUAAAGUGCACCCUUUCCCCACCAAGUGGUUUUGAUGGAUGUGUCAAUAGAUCCAUAAUAUUGCUACCAUCAAACACAACAAUGUCCAGGGAUAGUCCAAUUAGGAUACAAAAAGAAGAUUUAUAUGAAGAUGCUCGCACAAAGAUCGUAUCUGAAAUGAUGGCAUUGUUGAAUGGGAAAGAGAAAAAAAAUCUUUUUCCAAAAAAAGACAUAAAGUCCCAGCAAAACCAACGAAUCACGAAUGCUGUUCAGCAUACAAGAAGAUACAAGACAUACACCAUUUCAAGAAAAUUGAAAAAACUAAUAGCGCAACGAUCAACAGGAAACGUGUAUUUAAAUAUGGCACAAAGAUCUAUAAUGUAUCACACCAUGGAAAUAAUUUGUCAGACUACGAAUGAUAAUCAAUACAGAAUGUGGCAGAACUUCGUCUCUUCCAGUCGAAGAAAUGGGAACGUUAUUCAACAUUUGCGGAAAAUUAUAAACAAUAUAGGUUCACGAGCCUUGUUUCGAGAAUAUCGUCGAUUGCGUAACUUUGAGCGUCGCAAGCUGCCAUCUACGAUAGAAAAAAAUGUGGAACAUGUAUUUUUAUGCAGAGCAGAUAAGGACAUAUUUAACCAAAGUGCAAACAAUGUCGCUUCACAGACAAAAGUUCCCAAGCCUGGGUUUAGAAAAUAUUCAGAGUGUCCCGUAACAAGUUUUGCUCAAAUUCAAAAAGUGAUUUUCUGCUACGGUCAAUUUUCACAUCUCCUUUUGAUUUGUACCGAAAACAGAUUAAUCGUUUGGAAUUUGCUCUCAUUAAAAAUACAAGUAUCCGUUUUGCUUACUAUUGAUCAAAUAGUUUUGGAUCCAUUCACAAAUUUGAUCGCAGCUUUCACAAAAAAAAAUGAAGUUUAUAUAUUUCUUCCUAAUAUACCGAUGCCACUUUAUCAUCGAACCGCAAUGCCGAAAGUAUUUGGAGCAGCAUGGAUACCACGUCGUUAUCCUCGAUCGCAGUCAUUCAGUGUGGAUUGGCAGGCAACUUCACAGUUAUUUUUUCUGAAUGAUAAACAGGAAUUACUUCAACUAGUUUCUGACAGUGACGAGGAGUCUCUAGGGCCGGUGGUAUGCAUGAAUGAACCCACAAUAGGACCUAAUGCUCCCUUUUCUGCAUUGUAUAAUAAGCAAACAAGUGGUAGUAAUGUACAACCAUUCGCGGGCAUAGCACAAUCUGAUACCAGUUAUGUAUGCACCACAAAAUCAGCACUAAAAGAUAUUAUAUCGUCAUCUUCUCACACAAUGGCCUCCAUAAGCUUGCUGUGUAAGGAUUUUCUUCGUUCGCUGCUUAUAGAUGGAACGGAAGGACGUCGGACAAAAAACAAUUAUUGCCAACCAUCGAAACAGAAGACAUUGGAUGUAGCGUAUAAAACUGCAUCAGUCGCUGAUAAUGACAGGAACUCUGGCGCAGAUGUAGGCAUUGAGAUGUGUGUAAGUGAUGGCGAAGAAAAUUUGCCGAACGAAGAUAAUGUUGUGCGGAGGAAAAAGAAAAAAACAACACGUAAUUUGGCUUAUGUGGAGGCUGAUAGAAUGAUAGCAAUGAAAAAAAGGUCUAGUAUCACAGGUAAAGAAGAAGCUAGUUUUAGAAAAUUACUAGAUGAACCAAUGGACUUGGUAUUUUUGUAG